GUAUAUAACGUACAUGUGUCUAACGGGAUGCUGAUGUUGUGCAAUUGAUUAGAGCCUUUCUCUUUUGGGCGACACGAAUCUGUGUUGCCAAUCUCGUGUCGCGAUGACAGGACCAGAAAGCGUUAUUUUCUCGCGUCCCAUGUUCCAUAUAGGGCAAGAUUCAUACUUGAGAAACGUCAAAUUACAAUGUUUGUUAAAUAUGUAGUCAACAACAAGUGUGCCACUCAAGUUCGCGAGAGCAUCUGUCAUCAUUUCGCAAAUUACAGCAUAAUCUACUUCCUGAGACCUUCGGGAAAUCCUAGAUAAAUUUGCGUAACAGUUUGUCAUCGAAACUCGUUUCUAUUCAGACACGAACGAUUCAUAAAUCUUUAAAAAAAUCGUUUUUUAUAUACAUGAAAUUUAUAUACAAUUUAUAAAAUAAAUAUAUAUACAAUAUAUUGAAUAUUAACAAAUAUGAAUGAAACCAAAAAUAAUAUAGUGCGAGUGGUGUUUCUAUCUUUGUUGCUGGACCUCCUAGCAUUUACAAUGAUACUACCACUGUUACCAGCUCUGUUGGAUCAUUACAAAGAUAUAGAAAAUGGACAUGGAUUAUAUUCUACUAUUUUUAACUAUAUAAAGAGCAUACAAGUAUUUUUUGAUGCGCCAGAUAAAGUCAGUACAGUUCUGUAUGGAGGUUUUCUAGGCUCUAUGUAUUCCUUCUUGCAAUUUCUUGGAUCGCCGAUCAUAGGAGCACUAUCUGACAUUUAUGGACGAAAACCUCUAAUGCUUUUAUGUCUCACAGGCAUUUCACUAUCAUAUCUAUUGUGGGCAUUUUCCACAAAUUUUGGUAUAUUUGUAUUGGCAAGAUUCGUAGGUGGUAUCAGUAAAGGAAACAUCAGUCUAUCCAUGGCUAUUAUCAGUGAUGUUACUUCUCCAAAAACAAGAGGAAAGGCAAUGGCGCUUGUGGGAAUAGCUUUUUCCAUAGGUUUUGUAGUGGGACCAAUGAUAGGAGCAUUUUUUGCUUGGAUCUCGAGUGGUAAUAGGGAAGGCACAUGGUAUGUGAUACCGGCCUUAUUCGCAUUUUUCCUGGCUUUAAGUGACUUAUUUUUCGUUGCUUAUUAUCUCGAAGAGAGUCUACAAUUAAAACAUAGAGCAACCACUUUGGGAAAAGGAUUAUCUGGGGCAAUUUCAUACAUUAAUCCUAUUGAUCUCUUUGAAUUUAAUGGAGUGUCCAGCUUGAGUCAACAAGAUCAGCAAGAUUUGAAAAUAUUGGGUCGAACAUAUUUUAUAUAUCUGUUUAUCUAUAGUGGCUUAGAAUUCACUCUGACAUUCUUGACCCAUCAUACAUUUGGAUUUACAAGCAUGGAACAGGGCUGGAUGUUUCUUGGAAUUGGAUUGAUCAUGGCAAUCUUACAAGGUGGUUGGGUGCGACAUAUCCCCCCAAACAGAACGAAAGCCAUCAGUGAACUGGGUUUGUGGCUAAUAAUUCCUGCAUUUAUAUGUAUCGGUAUCGCUACUGGUGUACCGAUUUUGUGUGUCGGGAUUUUUCUUUUUGCAGUUUCUACUGCCAUGGUUGUUACUUGUAUGAUGACUCUAGUAACGCGUAUUGGACCUGAACAUCAAAAAGGUGUAAUUACUGGUACAUUUCGCUCUCUCGGUGCGUUAGCUCGUGCUUGCGGACCUAUCGUUGCAUCUUCAGCAUUUUGGUGUAUUGGAAGUACCUUGACCUAUCUAAUCGGCGCUCUAUUUCUCAUAUUACCGCCGCUCAUUUUGCAUGGCAUGCAUACUCUAUAAUAUUUGACGAAAUCAAAUAGAAUUUCAUCAUGUCUUUUUAUCUUAAAUAAUUCCUAUUUGACCGACAGUAUUUUUAUUAUAUAUUAUUGCCUCUGCUGCCUUUUAAAGAUAAUAUAUAGUAGCUACAUAGUAAUACAAUAGUAGCUACAUAGUAGCUAUAAUAGUAAUAUAUAAAUU